GGACCGGCAGCCUUCAGUUCACAUCCAGCAGACGAAGGCCAAGCAAGCAGUAGUUCUUCGGUUCUUCCCAACAUCCAUUUGGCUCGCAACCUCUCAAUUCCUGCGUAUUCUCGCGGGGGAAGCUAGCGAUGACGGUCUCUGCGCUCUCUGUUGCUCGGCCUGCUGCUCUCUCGCUGCGGGGCGGCGGGAAGAGCGUCCCCGGGAGUCUCCCCAGGCUGCCUGCAGUGCCAGGUGCCAGAUUUGUUUCAGGUAGGAUGAGGAGUCGCAACGUCGUGGCUGCAAAGGCUGCGCAGGACAGUUCAGAAUCGUCAUCCGGGAGCAUUGUGAAGUAUGUUCAGAGUUCGUUCAGCACUCCUGAAGACCUCUUUGCUUUAGCUGGUAUAGGUUUUGCAGGGAUUGCCGCAUUAUGGACUGCUGUAAAUCUCGUAGAGGUCAUCGAUAAGCUUCCUGCUCUUCCUCUACUCUUUGAAUUAAUUGGCAUAUUGGUUGCAUGGUUUUUCAUAUAUCAAAACCUACUGUUCAAGCCAGACAGGGAAAGGUUUGUGAACAACGUCAAGAAUUCUAUAUCUCGAGUCUUGGGGCAGUAAUUUUGAGGCUACGGGUACCGGGGCACAAAGAACCUAUGACUCUUGCCUUCCUGAUCGACCGAUCCGCUUUCUUCAGACCUGGAGAAACUAAGGAAUAUUUGACUGUAUGUGAACAAUGCGAGGAACGUGUUGUUACCAUUGUCCACUCUAGAAGCAAUGCCUGUUUCAUGUACAGGAUAUAGUGAUAUCAAGUGCUCUAAUAGAAAA